CCACAACACAACACUUUCACAUCACACACACCCAACUCAAUCGCAACAAUGUUCAAGAACGUUCUCAUCACUGGCACUACGCUACUAGCCAUCGCCAAUCUGGUUUCCGCCGUUCCCGUCCGGUCAGUUACCGAUACUGCGGGACAAUUGCUACUGCCACAUCCUACCAAUAUGACGCAUCAUGAAGAGCGUAGUCUCUUCCCGCCUGUCGACCGCUUUGAGGACCUUAUGGAGUGCAGUGGAAUGUGCUCCAAGACGCUACAUGGCUCAAGACCAGAUGUUUGCAAGUACUUCUGUGCCCAUGUCAUCAUGCAAGACGACCAGCACGACGAUGCGGCCAACGAAGUCGACAUCUUUACCAUUGAGGUUGACCAGGACGAGAACGAUGCGGCCUACCAGAACAACCAGACCGACGGCGGCAACAAGAUGCCAAGAGAAGACGUGCUCGACGACGAGUAUUUGUCCAACUCGAACCGCACCGCCGACUUCGUUCAGCACCUCCCCAGCGACCGCGCCUGGCAGGUCUGCAACAAGAGCUGCGUCAGGGCCGCACCCAAGAUGACGUGCGUGUUCCCGUGUUUGUCAAAGGAGGAGCGCAAGGAGCAGGAUUGCUUGACGAAGUGCGUGCAUGACCAGGGUUACUUUGAGCACUGCGUGGAGCAUCAUGAUUAAAAUCAAAUGGGCCCUCCCGGAGCUAUUGGGCCUACUGAGUCUGUGGAAUCUCUGCAAUUUGAUUUCUCACGUCUAGUUCCUGAA